AUGGUUCCAUCCCCUACGACGCCGCAGCUGUCGCCACAGUUCUGCUUCUCGACAAGUACAUUGCGAGGAUUCUUACGAUUCUCGCGCUCAACCGUCGACGACACAAUUAGCCAAAAUCUGAACGCUCUGGUGACACCCGCUCGCGCCGGCUUUGUUCCUCAAUCGACCUGGCAAAGGACAUCAAGAUCACCGGGGAGAGAUGUAAAGACCGAACGAUGCACAGAGUUUCUCGACAAGCCUUGCGAGAGCUUCAAAAGGCAAAAGAUAGCGAGCGAGUGA